ACUAUACCUUGACACGUCAAAAAAAAAAAAAAAAAAAACUCUCCCCACAUUUCCUCAUCCUCAAGAAAUCAAAAUUAAGAUAAAGCAAUAAUCUAUAUCUUCAAUCAAAUUCAUCCCCAAAAUAAAGUAAAAAGCACCCAAAUCAAAUUUCCCAGAAAACAAAAAUGGCGAAUUCAUCAAUAAUAAUAAUUCCCCAAAUUGAUACCUUAAUUCCAGGUCUACCAAACGAUCUCUCAGCUUUAAUCUUAUCAUACAUACCAUACCCAUUUCAUGAUCGUUUAAAAUCAACAUGUAAAUCAUGGAGAAAAUUCUACUCAUCAAAUUCCCCACUUUCUCUCAGACAAACCCAUCUUUCUCUCUCAUCACUCUCUCACCUCAUCUGUAUUUUCCCAGAAGACCCAUCUUUAACCUCCCCAUAUCUUUUCGACCCGACCCAUUUAGCUUGGGCCCAAAUUCCACCUAUGCCCAUAAACCCACAUGUAUACUCUCUCUCAAAUUUCGCAUCUUUAACUGUUGGGCCGCACUUAUAUGUGUUAGGUGGGUCACAGUUUGAUACCCGGUCUUUCCCACUGGACCGGCCCACUGCAGUUUCUGAGGUUUGGAGGUUUGAUUUUGGGCUUGGAAAGUGGGACCGGGUUUCUAGUAUGAGGACCCCACGUGGGUCCCUAGCUGCGGCGGUGGGGAAAGGGGUGAUCUACGUGGCAGGGGGUGGGUCCCGGCAUACGAUGUUUGGGGCUGCAGGGAGUAGGGUGGGGUCGGCUGAGGUGUAUGAUAUUGAGAGGGAUGAGUGGGGCCCGCUUGAUGAGUUGCCCGGGUCACGGGCCGGGUGUGUUGGGUUUUGUGUGGGUGGGGGGAGGGAGUUUUGGGUCAUGGGCGGGUACGGCGAAGCGAGGACGAUUAAUGGGGUAUUGCCGGUGGAUGAGUAUUAUAAGGAUGUGGUGGUGUUGGAGGUGAAGGAUGGUGGUGGCGGUGGCGGAGGCGGGUGGAGGGAGAUUGGGGAUAUGUGGGAGGAGAAGGAGAGAGCAAGGCUUGGUAAGGUUGUGGUUAUUGAUGAUGAUCAUGAGGAGGAGGAGGUGUUUAUGCUUGAUGGGAAUGACAUUUUUAGGUAUAAUAUGGUGUCAAAUCGCUGGUAUAAGGAGUCAACUGUUCCGAGAAAAACUCAGGAUGGAUCACAGUUUGGCUUCGUGGCGCUUCAAGGAGAGCUUAAUGUGAUUUCCCUCCUCCAGGGAGUUGAUUUGUCAGCUAUUCGGAGAUCAAGGCAUCGUAAAAGGGGUACUGCUCUGUUCAUGCAAAUCUACAACCCUAGAAACAUGUCAUGGAGAUCUCUUGUAACUCGGAUGCCUUUUCCGUGUUCUAUAGAUUUCAAAACUGCAGUUAUGUGCACACUACUUGUGUAGUCUACAUGUAUGACGUGGGGUGUGUCCUCUUGGCCUUAAAAUAUAAGUUUCGGAGAAAGUGUAAAGUAAAGGUGAAACUAGACUCGAUGAAUUGAAGAGGCUUAAUAAGUUCAGUUAAGAUAAGUGCAGGUGGAGAUAUUGCACAGCAUUAAGAACAUGUAAAACCAUUGCUAUGUAAUGUAGUUCAUUGAUCUGUAUAGUUAAGUGUUCAUACAUACCAUUGUAAAAGUACAGUUCUUAUGAGAUGUUUACUAAUACUAAUUUCCUUA